GUUCGAUUUUCGCAUCUUGGCUGCGCCACGGUCUUAGUCGUCGCCCGGGCGUCUUCCAGCUUCUGUUUAAUAAGACUUUAAGUACAUACAGCCAGUACCUAGUACCUAUAUGUACACUGCCAUCCCGUUGACAUAGCCCUAAGGCCUCUACAUAUUUCUACCUUUUAAAUCACCUGGAAGGAAGAGAGGAAGAAGUUAGCCAGUUCGACUCAUACAAGUCUUGAAAUUGUCUAGAUUCAGACCGUGGUGUACACGUUUUGCCAAUACUUCGUUGGCUUUCUGAGUUAGGUACUUGAGGUAUACCGUAUGUACCUGGGUACAAAAUAGUACUAGUACUUUGGUACGCGGAUUCGACGAUAACAUCGGAAGCGGAAGCACUCAUAAUAAUAUGAGGACUCGGUAAUACGAGAACUGCCACGAAAACAAGAACGGGAAGGGAAGGGAGAAUACACACCAUGGAGCCGGGACCCCGACACGGAGUGCUCGAUGACAAGGUGGCCCGUCUAGCCGGCCCAGUACAUCGGGCAAGCGAGCUGCCCGGGGGGCCAGUACACAGGACAAGCGAAUUGUCCGCGGGCCCAGUACAGCGGCCCGCCGAGUUGCCGGCGAACCCUAGUAGUCGUGCCUCGGCAGUCGAGCUUCCCGCAAACAUUCCCGCAGAGCUCUCGAGCGGUGACGUCGUCUUAGCAAACGCGCCUUCACACCACCAACACCACCAUCACCAUCACCAGCCACACCAGCCGCCGCCCUACUCCAGCCCAUCAGACAGCUCUCACGAUGUCCGGACCCAACUACCCAAAGGCCCGCAGUACUACCCCGGGCUCCCCAUUCUGGACUAUCGGCAGUACCUGCCGCCGCUGUUCGAGCUAUCGGCCGACUCGACGACCAUCACGAGCAAAGCAAACCACCUCUCAGAAAACCCGCGCGCUCUCGCCACCUUACUCCGCGCCAUGGCCACGGUGCCGCCGAAACCACAGGUGCUGAUCCAGGGGAACCGCGGGCGCAAGGUCGACUUCAGCAUCAAGCUGAACCUGAUGAACCUGCUCGUCUCCGCGGACCCGCGCGGGCGCCUCGACUACCUGCGGUGCGUCGGCAGCGACGAGAUGGCCUUGCGCGGCGGCAGCGAGCCGGGGCUCAAGCCCGACUUCGGCGUCGACAACGGGCUCGACGCGUGGUGCGAGCGCUUCGUCAAGGACGCGACGCCGAUCAAGAAGUUCAAGCUGGAGCGCGUGGUGGCGAACCUCGACACGGCGUGGAUCGAGGGCAAGAUCCGGGGCCUGGUCGCGUCGACCGAGUAUAAGGGCCAGGUGACGGUGCAGUUCCCCGUCACGCACGCGAAGGUGGUGGUGCACAGUCCGGAUAAGCGCGGCAAGUUCCUGACGAGCGUCACGUCGAUGUUCGCGACGAAGAGCAAGUACGAGGUCGUCAAGGCGGUGUGGCCGUUUGCGACGAGCAAGAAUGGGGACCCUGGGCGCAGGUGUGUGGUUCAGAGCGAGAAGAUCUGGUGGGAGGAGUGGCGCGAUCCGAUUAAGUACGCCGUCGCGACGCAGCGGCAGGGCUGGGUCACGAAUGAGGAUAAGCUGGAGUGCAUCAUGGAGAGCAAGGGGAGGGGCAUUUCGAUGGUGGAUUGGGGCCCGGAGUUGUAAGUAACGCCGGGUGUGUGCAGAUUUUUCAUGAACCUGGCUUUAUGAGAUGGGAGGCUAUAUGAGUACGAGUAAGACACAUGAAGAGACCUGUAAUUAUUCUACCUUUUUUUAUCUUCUCCCCCCGUUUUCUGGAUACCAUGGUGGUUUGGUCAGAUAGAUACGUCUUGCAUACAUAGAUAGAUUUAGGUAUAUAUGAGUCUGUACAACUCUUGUAUAAAGAUAGAAAAUAUAUUAACCACCUACCUAGGAUACCCUAGGUACCUCGGUAGGUCGGUAAUUUACAUCAACAGAAAAAGGGGCAAGUAAAAAAAAAGAAUUUUAA